AUGCCUAUAUUUAACGUUCCAGUUACCCACUGCCUGGGAAUAAUUUCUCAAACAUGCCAGAGAGAUCUACAAAAAAGACUCUUUGAGAGAAAGGAAGGCCGAAAUGAAAUGGCUCAAAAGAAAACUGUUAUCGCAAGGUGCCAGGAACGCCGAGCUGGACUUCGGUCUAUGGGUGUGGGCCCCAACGUUGAGCUUCCUCGUGCCUGGAUAGAUCUUCUUUCGCUGGGCUUGUCUUGUGAUAAAAUUCAAAAUGAAUCCUUGGAUGCGCUGCUGAUGUCGCUGGACCAGGCUCCAGUACUUGAGGAUCAGAUUCCAGCGUUAUUCUUUUUGGCAGAGUCGGUCCUCCUGCAGAUGUGCAAUGACACCUCGCGAAAGUCCAGGCUGUACCAUGACAUUAAAAUACUGAAGAUUGGCUACAUGGUCUUUUUGAGACUGUUUCUCUUUCACAUGUUGGGAAACCUGAAGGGCUUGCUGCAGAGCAGCAGAUUGCUUUCAGAGUGUGAGGCAUGCUAUCAGCCUUUUCCCGACUUGUCGUUUGCUGUUCACUUCAUGCUACAAGUAGGAGAAAUAGUGUUUGGUCUCAAAACUAGUAACGAGGGUUCUUUUGAGAUUCAGAUGGAUGUCCAGGGGUAUGAAGUGAGCCCGUUGCUUUGGCACUGUCUCCUGAGCUGGUAUUGUGUGGACAACAGCAUUAGUCAGCCCUCGCAGGUGGUAAAUCAUCUCAUCUCUCUGAAAGAUUCACUCCAGCAGGACAACUGGGUUGAGACUGGACUGGGCCUCAUGAUUCUUGGUGAGGCUGCAAAAUCAAGCAUGGUGUGCCUUGACAUUUUAAUGAACUUUCACAUGGCCCAGGGACAGGAGACUGAGGGACUGGAUGAAAAGAGAUUGGUAUCACAUGGGACCUCCUGGCCUUGGCAGUUAGAACACUUAUACUGUAUGGUGUUAGCCAACAUCUGCCAGAGUAGCAGCAAUGCUGAAAUAAAGAAAAAAGCCCUGGUGGGGAAACCAAACUCCAGUGGGCUAGGUUCCUCUGGUGGUCUACUGUCUGUACUGAGGCAAACUCCACCGGGAUCUAACGGAACUCGUCUCAUGCUCGCGGCGCUUAAGGGCAGAGGGGACUGGCGGGUGCGGUGCAGUGCGAUGCAGGCCCUUGUGCAUGUCUGUCGUGGUCCCAUCCAUCAGGACGGCCUGAGGAACGCAGCCUGGUUGGCCCUGCAGGACAGUCUUCACCAAGAGACCGACCGGCGUGUGGUAGACGCGAUUGAAUUCAGCGUUCCAGGAGGAAUGGUCCAUGAUGAGGGGCUGUCAUGCCCCUGGUCCAGAGGGAAGGCUGCAGGUCAAACCAAACCAAGCCAGCAGGUCCCCUCCCCUGUGAAGCUAAAGAGUAAGAGCCCUUUAAGCACCUUUAGGGCACAAACCUCCACAGGAGUCAACGGGCACUGCAGAUUUGUCACCACACAAAGUGAGGCUACAAAACAGAAUGCUUACACUGACUUUAAGACCCGAGCAGACACUGAGCUGAUGAAAAUUGUGCAGGACCAGUGGCAAAAAGAAUUACAAAUAAAAAUGGCUGAAGAAGAAGCAAUUGAAAAAGAGGAAUUGGCAAAAGCAAUGAAAGAAGAAGAAGACAAAUUUCAGGAGAUCAUGAGAAAACGAAUGGAGAAGCUCAAAAAGGACACCAAACCUUAUGAGUUGUCCAGAUAUGAAAAACCAGCUCUAAAUUACAAAACUAGUGUGUGA